AUAUGCUCGACAAAGUAAGAUUUGGGUCCAACACUUCCCCUUCUUAAUCCUCUAGCUCUUCUUGGUUCUUGGCACCCAAAAAAUACAUCGCCCAUCUUUGUCAAACAUGUUGAGGUUUGUGCUAGUUUUCUCUCUUCUUUUCACUCUCUGCCUUUCAUCCUCUGCUCAAACAUGUUCCAAAUUCACAUCUUUUUCUAAUAACUUAGCCUACAGCUCCUGCAAGGACCUUCCUUAUUUGAACUCUUUCAUAUAUUGGAACUACAAAUCAUCGUCUGGAAGCCUCCAAAUCGCCUAUAGACACGCCAGGAUCACGGCCUCUAAUUGGCUUGCAUGGGCCAUUAACCCCGUUGGUCUACAAUCAGCCAUGAUUGGAGCACAAUCACUUGUAGCUUUUCAACUAUCUAAUGGUUCCAUGAGAGUGUACACGUCCCAGAUCACCAGCUACACUACCACCAUGCCGGAGGACAAGCUAAAAUAUGAUGUCUCGGAAUUGAAAGCAACUUAUGCAAAUGCUGAGAUUAUAAUCUAUGCUACUUUGACACUUCCAAGCAAUACAACCACUAUCAACCAAGUUUGGCAAGAUGGUCCGGUUUCAAAUGACAAUCCAGAAGCACAUUCUUUGGCUACUGCUAAUACUAAUUCCAAGGGUACCCUGGAUCUUACUUCGAGUCCGGACCCUUCGAGGCAGCCUGGAACAAAUUCUGUAACUCCAAAUGUGAGCGCAUCAAGAAGUAGUGGAAGGAUGCUUACAUGGGUGUUAUUGAGGUUUUGGCUAACAAUGUUGUGUGGUUGGAAGCUUAUACAUGUUAUGUUGUUCUGAAGAGGAGAAAAUCAAGAACUGAGAGAGUGCUUCUGGGCUUUAAUUGGAGCAAAUGGAGAUAAUAAUUUGCCAAAUUAAAUUUGGUGAUAGGUCAACAUGUGGUUAUUAUUUAUUGGGUUGUCAUUUUUAUUCAUUUCCUUUCUACUAUUUAUUAUCAUAAUUGUCAA